AACCUAAUGUCAUCCACUCCUCGAGUCCUUCUCAAAGCAGUGUCCUUUCAUCAACCUUCUAGAAGACUACAUCGACAUCGUUGGACAAGUUCUUCAAAAGCUCUUCAAGUAUCAUCAUCUACACCGAUCGCAUCUUGUUCGAGCCUUGGCACUCGAAGAACUUACGCUACUAAUCCUGAAGAGACUGAAGAUCAAAAGAAACAACGUGAACAGGCUGAAGAACGUCGUCGGCAACGUCAAAAACAGCAUCAAGAGAAUCAGGAUGAUCAUAUUGCCCCUGGUACAUCACCAUGGGCACGGUUUAUGGAUGUACUGAAGAGCGAGUAUGCCAAGAGUCAGGCAAUGCAGGAAAAUGUACGUGAGCUCACGGGUACAGCACAGGGUUUGAAAGAUUCCGAAGCGGCUCAAAAGAUGAGGGAAGCCUAUACAGCCUUACGAUUACAAACCUUGAUCAAAGAAAACCCACGUUUGGCAGCCAUGGCAUCAUCACUUUCGACCACCGGUCGAUCUGUUUCAGAUGCUGUUAACAAAGCUGCACAAGAAAUUGAAGAUAGUCGAUUGGUACAAGCCGCCAAGAAAGUGACUGCCGAACUUGAUCGAAGGAUUGGUGAACCUAUUCGACAAACCGAGGUUUAUAAGGUUGUAGAAGAUACAGUUGAUUUCAGUCAGGGUGCAUUGAGAUAUGGAGGUUAUAUUGAAAAGGCUGAACGUCGAAGGAAGCGUCAGAAGCGAUUAGAGCGCCUCGGGAAAUCUAACAAAGGACUUGAUAAGCCAUCCCAAUUUCCUGAAAAUCCUCAAGCUCCGCCAGCUCUUGUACUUCAUGCUACAGCAAAUCAAGAAGCCGAAAAUGAAAGCCGUUCAACCAAAUCUAGAUUAGCUUCAAUCACCCCAGAACCGAUCUUAAAAGCAUGGACGAAUUUCCAAAACACAUAUGAAGAUUCGGAUAAUCCAGUGAUUGCUUCGAUGCGUACUGUAACAGGAGCGAUUGGUAGAUUGUUUGAUGAAACUGAAACGGCAAAAGUGGUUAGAUUGAUUAAAGAGAUUGAUCGAGAUUUCGAAUUUGAUGGGUUUUUAAGAGAUUUACGUGAAUAUAUCGUACCUGAGAUUGUAGAUGCUUAUGUAGAUGCAGAUUUAAAAGUUUUGAAACUUUGGACAAGUGAAGGGGCGUAUAAUGUGAUUACAGCACCUAUGCAAACUUACCUACAACGUGGACUACGGCCUGAAAACCAAGUAAUCGACCUGAAGGGCAUAGAUAUCAUGUCAGCGAAAGUAUUACAGGAGAGAGAACUUCCGGUGUUUGUAAUCGCAUUUAGAACACAUGAGAUCAAUUGUUUUACGAACCCAGGAAAUGGAAAGGUAGAAGUAGGUAACCCAGAUCAAAUCGAACAAGUACAAUAUGUGAUUGUAAUGACAAGAGAAGCAGAACAAUGUGGGAAUGAGAUCACAGGUGGUUGGAAGGUAAUUGAUAUGGCUAGGAGAAGUUCGGUGGCAUUUUUAUGAUUUUUAUUUAAAAUUAAAAGGUGAUUUUUAUGUUUGGGUUUGUGAAGGGGGUUGUUUUGUUUAUUAGAAUUGAGAGGAGGAACUACAUGUCAACUCUUUGAU